UUUGAACAAUUUCCCCUGUUUAUCUUUCUCCGCCCUGAAUUUUCUGAUUUUCUUUGCGUUAUAAUUUUUUGAAUUUUCUUUUUAAACAAACAUGAGCGUCACCCAAUUCGCUAUGGUGGAAGAAUUGGCAUUCCUAGUUAAGGACAAUCUUCCUUGCAAACAUCUAGUGCUGUCAAUGGAGGAGGCUUUCAUUAAUUUCCUUCAAGCUCAGAUGGGACCCUAGAGUUGGAACCUAUGAAUUCAUACAAUCGGCUUCUCCUGCAUCGUCUUGCAGAUAUAUUUGGAUUUGCGCAUGAAUCAAUUGGAGAAGGAGAAGAUAGGCAUUUGGUUUUGCAACGAUGCCCAGAGACAUCAAUACCUUCCAUUCUUGUUAGUGAUAUAUUAUGGCAGUGUGAUGAGCCUCAGUCUCUUACAGAGUCUCGCUAUAUAUUAACAAGAGAAGGAACUGCACCAGUAAUGGAGACAAAGUUGCCUUCUUUUGAGCUUAGUCUUGAGGCAAGAGAAGAAGCUUACUUGGCUGCUCGUGAAUGGAUAUUCGCGAUGGAUAUUGGAGAAAUUCAAGAACCUGUUAAGCAUAAGCCUUGAACCGUUCCUAUUGUGGCUCGUCGAAUGAUUGCACAUGCUUUAGGACAAAGAAUUAACUCAUGCAAUCAAGACGAUAAAGCCAGGGAUUAUAAAGAUAAAGUGCAAACUAAUGAACCAAGUAUUCAAAAUAUGGAUAAAGCUGAUAAUGAUUUGAGAACAGAAACUUGUCAAGAUGCUUUUCUUGAACAAGAGAAAAAUGAGGAUGCAUGCAGUAAAGCAAAUAGCAAUGCAAAUGAACAUGGUACUUUGGUGGUUUGUGAGAAAAAUGUUUCAGAUGAAUCAACUCCAAAAAGACCUAUUGAUGCUAGUAUACCAGAUAGAACUCGAAGUAGCGUUAAUAAAGAGUUUUCAAAAGAACAUCUAGGAGCUGCAAAGCGGAUCUUUGUCAAUGCUUUAGGUCUGCACUCGGCUAAGGAUUCGAGAGGUGGUGAAAGGAAGUCAAUACAGUAGACAAGGAGCAAUUAUGGAUUUUUCUUCUAAUCCACUGCCAGUUUAACAAUAGAGCUUCGUGGACUGUUACUACUGUUGGAAAGGACAACAGGUAAAGUGAGUUUAGCUUGAGUGCGGCUUGCUUGCUUGAAUGUUCCGUGGUAAGGUGAGUUUAGCUUAACUGCUGCUUGCUUGAAUGUUCCGUAGUUGCAUUUAACGGCGUCGCCAUCAUCUACGUUACAUAAACUGGUUUGCAUCUGACUUGAGUUAUGAGCUUUGGUUUUCAUGGAAUAGAAGACAUCUAUAUUGUGUCCGACUCUCUCCCGUGUAAGAUGUCUGAAUCUGUAGUGGGUUAUGGUUCUUGCUUGAGGGGGAGUGUGAAAAAUGAUUGUAGGAAACCAUGUUUUUUUAUAGGGAAUGAUUUGUACUGUACGGAGUAGA